CAAGCAUACGCGUGAUCCACUCUUCGUUGUAUGCUAUCGAAUUUAACCCAAAACUUGAUUCGGUAAUAAGAUACAAGUAUGCUUCGUGAAGGCCCCUUUAGAUUGACGGCCGUUGUAGGAUUCGCCUACGCCUACAUGGUGAAAGGCGCGAUCAGCGCCACCGCUCUAGCGCCAGCUGACUUUUCCUCUCGACGCGGAUUCAGCAUCCAAAUAGCUCAGCUAGCCGGUACCAGCGGUUUCUCUUUCUCCAUUCCGGGGGAAGCCGGAGCUCAAGAUGAAACGGACAAGCAAAAAAUACUGCAAGGGUACCGACGAUUAAAUCAGCUUCUUGAUAAUUGGGAACGCGAAACGACCGUUUGCGGUUUGACUGAUAAUCCUUACGUCGGAACCAGUGCGUUCGGUAAGACGGGAUGCGAGCGAACGCCGCUUAAAGUUAUGGAGUAUAUGGGCUAUCGAAGCGUCAACGAUCCAUUGUUUAAGGCCGAAAAAACUCUUCGUCGACUAGAAAUUCUCGUCCCUCCAGAUCGCGAAACUGAGUAUCUGGAAGCAGUCGAAACAUGGUCGGAAAAAGCGGACGAAGCAAGUGGCAUGGCUUACAUUUCCUCUUGGGGGGAAGCAAAUCCAGGUGGAGGAAAAGACCGAAUCGAUUAUUUUAUCGAGCGGGCGAAACGAGAUGUGACAGAAGCCCGCAAUGCUUUGGGGACUAUUGUAUCUAUCUUACAAAUAGAAUGA